GCGCUUUUUCGAAAUUCAAAUUUGCGCAUGCGCAGUGUUAUGAGGUUAUAAACGCAGUAGACCACUUACAUGGUAGUUAUCUCUUUGAGUACAUUUUAGAGUGAAUUGUUACGAAGAAACCAGCUUGUUGACCAAAUUUGGCUACGUAACAUUUAUCUCUGAUCAAAUAAGUAAAUAAUUAAAUACUAUUUAUGAUAAUUUUUGGAAAUCAUUUCAAUAUCGGAGUCAACAAUUUUAAUCGUACUUUACGUUUGACACUUUCGUCCGAAUAUCAGAAAUGAAUUGCACUAAAGGUAUCCGUCCUAUUCUGUCUUGCUUAAGUGAAUGCAAUUUUGAACCAUUCAAGAGGAAUAUACUAAUGAAAAAUGUAUACAGAAGUAAUCAUUACUCGUGUAAAGUGUUAGUAGUUGGGGGUGGAACUGGAGGUUGUAGUAUGGCUGCAAAAUUUGCAAACACAUUCAAAGAUCCCAAAAAAGUGAUCAUAGUGGAGCCAAGUCCGGUACACUUUUAUCAACCAAUGUUCACUUUGAUUGGUGGUGGUUUGAGAUCUUAUGAAGCUUCAAAAAAAACAAUGAAAGAUACUUUACCAAAAGAUGCUACCUGGCUGAAAGAAAGUGUAAUGAGCUUUGCACCUGAACAGAAUCAAAUAACUAUGAGCAAUGGAGAUACUGUGCAGUAUGAAAUCAUGAUUGUUGCAGUGGGUUUGCAAUUACAUUGGGAAAAAAUACCAGGUUUAGUAAAGAGUCUUCAGGAUGGUUUGUCAAAAGUGUGUUCCAUUUAUGGACCAGAGACUGUACCACAUGUAUUCAGCAAGAUUUCAAGGGUUACCGAUGGUACCGCAAUAUUCACCUAUCCAAACAGUCCAGUUAAAUGUCCAGGAGCACCCCAGAAAAUUUUAUAUAUCGCCGAGGAAUUUUUGCGCAAGAAGAAAAAAGUCCGUAACAACGUAAAAGUUGUGUAUAACACAGCUUUACCAGUAAUAUUUGGUGUCAAGAAGUAUGCUGAUUCACUUUGGGGUGUUUGUAAAAAAAGAGACAUUAUUGUAAAUCUUCAAACAAAUCUAAUUGAAAUAGAUUCAGCUAAACAGGAAGCUGUGUUCGAGACAUUAGAUGGCUCGAACAAAACAUUCGUCCAGAAGUUUUCAUUACUUCAUGUGUGCCCUCCAAUGGGUCCACCUGACGUUUUGAUAAGACAUUCUUCGUUAACGAACGAAACAGGAUUUUUGACUGUAGAUCCUAAAACUCUACGACAUACGAAAUAUCCAAAUAUAUAUGGAAUUGGAGAUUGCACCAACACCCCAAAUUCCAAAACUAUGGCAGCAAUAGCUGCCCAGGGCAAAGUAUUGUAUAAAAAUAUUAUGGAUGAUCUAGCCGGUAAACCAAUGAUUAUGGCUUACAAUGGUUACUCUUCUUGCCCCUUAGUUACUGGUUACGGAAAAUGUAUUUUAGCUGAAUUCGAUUACAAUUUACAACCAUUAGAAACGUUCCCAGUAGAUCAAGGUCGUGAAUAUUACUUUACGUACCUACUUAAAGCGUAUGGUUUUCCUAUUUUAUAUUGGAAUUUAAUGACACGUGGCUAUUGGGAUGGACCAGAAUUUUUACGCCAAUAUUCAAACAUGAUAAAAAAGAAAAAAAAUCCAGAAGCAAUUAAAAGUUAAAGUUAUUUAUAAUUACUUAGUAUUAUUUAAAUAAUAAUAAAUGUAUCCUAAGUGUAUUAUUUGUUCAACGACAGAACAUAUCUUGUGAAGUACUAAUUAUUUAUCAAAUCAAUUAUAAAAUAUUGUCAACAUAAAAAUGUAAAUAACGAAUGGAAAUGUUUCUAUGUUUCAGAGACUUUUGUAUAUAAUAUUUCUAAAAGAUAUUUAGAAGUUUGAAAAUAUGAAAUAAAUAGUAAAGCAAUUACAAA